ACGACUGUAUUUUGUCAAAGAUACGGCGGAACGAGACUUGGGCUACAACUUGUGUGAAAAACACUUCCACAUUAGACACAUCACGAAGGAUUAUCGAAUUCUAAAAGCUUGGGACCGUCUGAAAUUCUGUUGGGGGGAAUCUACAGUAUCUGGCAACCUGUUCCCUCAGCGCAGAGGCGGAGUUCACCCGCUGUCGUUUCACAGUAGUUUCUGGAACCUCAUGGUCGUACCAUGGAGAAAGUGGCACAGCUGAAAGAUGAGGGCAACAAGGCACUCAGCGCAGGGAACAUCACUGAGGCCGUGCGCUGUUACACUGACGCGCUGGCCCUGGACCCCAACAACCAUGUGCUGUACAGUAACCGCUCAGCCGCAUACGCCAAGAAGGGAGACUAUGAAGAUGCCUUGAAGGAUGCUUGUCAGACUAUCAAGAUUAAACCUGACUGGGGCAAAGGUUACUCAAGAAAAGCUGCGGCGCUCGAGUUCCUCGGGAGAUUUGAGGAUGCUAAAACAACUUAUCAAGAGGGCAUUCGCCAGGAGCCAGGCAAUCAGCAGCUGAAGGAAGGACUCCAGAAUAUUGAGGUUCGCCUGGCAGAAAAGAAGAUGAUGAACCCCUUUGCGAUGCCUAAUCUGUAUGAGAAGUUGGAAGGCGACCCCCGCACCCGUGCCCUGCUCGCCGACCCCAGCUACCGGGAACUGCUGGAGCAGCUCAGGAAUAAGCCUUCCGAGCUCGGCACCCGGUUGCAGGACUCGAGAGUAAUGACCACACUGUCAGUGCUGCUGGGCCUGGACCUGGCUGGUAUGGAGGAAGACGAGGAACCCACCCCACCGCCGCCCCCCAAGCCCAAAGAGACGCAGCCUCCUCCACCCAAAGAGGAAGACAUGCCAGAGAACAAGAGACUGGCAUUGAAGGCAAAAGAGCUCGGGAAUGAUGCCUAUAAAAAGAAAGACUUUGAAACAGCACUGAAACACUAUGAGGAGGCUGUUGGUCACGACCCUACCAAUAUGACUUACUUGUCCAACCAAGCAGCGGUAUUCUUUGAGAAGGGCCAGAUGGAGAAGUGCAGGGAGCUUUGCGAGAAAGCUAUUGAUGUUGGCCGAGAGAACCGCGAGGACUACAGACAGAUUGCCAAAGCCUAUGCUAGGAUUGGUAACUCUUACUUCAAGCAAGGGCAGCAGAAAGAAGCCAUUCAUUUCUUCAACAAGAGCCUCGCGGAACACCGCACCCCUGAUGUGCUGAAGAGGUGUCAGCAGGCGGAGAAGAUACUGAAGGACCAGGAGAAGCAGGCCUACAUUAAUCCUGAAUUGGCCCUGGAGGAGAAGAACAAGGGCAAUGAGGCCUUUCAGAAAGGGGAUUAUCCAGCAGCCAUGAAACAUUACUCCGAGGCCAUCAAGAGGAACCCAAAUGAUGCCAAGCUCUUCAGCAACAGAGCUGCAUGCUAUACCAAACUGGCUGAAUUCCAGCUGGCCCUCAAGGACUGUGAAGAGUGCAUCAAACUUGAGCCUUCAUUCAUAAAGGGAUACACACGCAAGGCUUCUGCUCUAGAGGCCAUGAAAGAUUUCACCAAAGCCAUGGAUGUCUACCAGAAGGCCCUGGAGCUCGACUCCACCUCUAAGGAGGCCACGGAGGGCAUCCAGCGCUGCAUGAUGAGUCAGGCCUCAAGGAACGACAGUCCGGAGGACGUGAAGCGGCGGGCCAUGGCCGACCCUGAGGUGCAGCAGAUCAUGUCUGACCCGGCCAUGCGCAUGAUCCUGGAGCAGAUGCAAAAAGACCCGCAGGCCCUCAGCGACCACCUGAAGAACCCGGUCAUCGCCCAGAAGAUCCAGAAAUUAAUCGAUGUUGGACUCAUAGCCAUACGGUGAUCGCCCACCUGGACUCGGGGAAGCAAAGGGCAGUGGCCCAUUGGAGAAAACAAAUUGAAGAGACAAAAGAAUAUGCCACUCCCUCUGGACAAGGACAGAUCAACUCUCCAUCACUCUGCCCACCCACCUACCCACCCCGCCAUCACCCAUGACUCCCCCCCCACACGCCAACUCAGUUACUUACGCAGGCAACCUCUUUCAGUCCCUACUCUGUCAGUGUUGACUUUAUCUUCAGAAUUUGGCCUUAAUCAGAUUGUGUACCAUUGCAUUUGUUCUGAAGUGUUCAUUUUAAAGCACUCCAGACUGUGCUCUUGCACAAUCUCUCUCUCUCUCUCUCUCUCUCUCUCUCUCUCUCUCUCUAUAUCUCUCUCUCUCUCUCUCUCUCUCUCUCUCUCUCUCUCUCUCUCUCUCUCUCUCUCUCUCUCUCUCUCUCUCUCUCUCUUUCUCUUUCUCUUUCUCUUUCUCUUUCUCUCUCUGUCUCUACACACACACUUGUUUAUUGCUCAGCAGUAGGCCAUUGGGAGGUUGAAAGUGUUUGAAGUGAAUACUUGAUUUGAUGGUGUAUUUGCCCCUGCAGCUCUUCAGAUAUUUAUGUUUUAGACUUCUUUGGAUACAUUUUGCAAGGCACAUUUUCAUGUUUUUUUACAUCAUAAAAUUGUCACUUUUAACCACAGGAAGAGAGGAUGGAUAGUUGUUUGUCUUUUUUUUUUUUUCUCUCUUGUGUUCCCGAAAGCCAAUGUUAGUCUCACAACGAUAAAGAACUAAACUCAUACCUAUCAAACAAGGCUCUAUGAAGCUCCCAUGCUUAUCAAGCUCUUCUCAUUAAACCUCUGUGCAGGACGCAAAGCUUAUCUACUUCAGUCGGUGCGUAGUUACUGAAAUUGAUUUAGGCAACAGUACAUCUGCUUCUUGCAGUUCAGGGACACAUCUGUCUAAAUUCAAAAGGCACAUGGAAUAGACGGGUGUGGGGGGGUGUAUCAGUGUGCGCAGACAUUUACCGCAAGCCACUGAGUGAUUUUGUGUUUUUUGGGGCUGGUAUUACAGGAGCAGGUGGCUCGUUGACGUAGAAGCAAGCGCUCAUCACUUGACACAAUAUCAAAAAAAGUGGUGCUCACAUGUUAACUGCCCUUGUAAAGAUGACUCCCCUAAUGUGUAAUGUUAUAUCACGCUCCUGUCAUGAAAAUACAUAUGAAUGUAUUUCAAUUGUU